UCUUUUGUAAGGGAGAUUAUUUCUUUUUAACAUAAACUUUAAUCACAAAUCAUGAAGUCAACGCCUCCUUCAACAAGAGAAUAACCACCACCAACUGUCGUCUCCGGCGGCAUCUCCACCGAUGACCACCACCACCGGUGCCGGAAUCUCUAUAUUCACCAGCUCUAAAAAGCUGUCGGAAGAAGAAGUAAAUGUCUAUUGUACCCUUACAUUCUCUCAUUUUCCAACUGUAAAUCCCACUCCUCCAAUUGAUUUCUUCCUUCUAAUUCAACAACAACAACAGCGUAUUCAGUGAGAUCACACAAGUAGAGACCGUACAGAGCGUACAGUGCAUACGCAGAUCUUACCACUAGCUCGUGGAGGUUCAACAACAACGUAUUCAGUGAGAUCACACAAGUAGAGUACGUCGAGAGAGUACAGUGCAUACGCAGAUUUUACCACUAGCUCGUGGAGGUAUACAGACUGUUUUUCACAAUUUUCAAUGUCAACAACAACAUACUCGUGAAAUUUCAUAAGUGGGGCCCGGAGAGACGUCACCGCUGCUUUGUGGAGGUAGAAAGACGGUUUCCAAACGACUGUAUAAAAAGUUUUCACAAUUUUCAAUGUCAAUAAUAACAUACUCAGAGAAAUUCCAUUAGUGGGAUCCGGAGAGAAUAAAGUGCAUGCAAACGUUGUCACUGUCUUGUAGAGGUAUGUCUUGUGGAGGUGGAGAAGCUAUUUCCGGAAUACCGUCAGCUGGGUAUAGAAAGCUUUCGCAAUUGUCAAUGUCAACAACAACAUAUUCAGUGAAAUUUCAUAAGUGGGGCUCGGAGAGGAUAACUUUACCACUGGGUCGUGGAGGUAGAAGGACUGUUUUCGAAAGACCGUCAGCUAGAUAUAGAAAGCUUUCACAAUUUUCAAUUCGUUCAUCGUUUUCACCCUUCAAUGAUCCUCUAGAUUUUUUCAUACCAAAACAUCAAAGCAAUAAAUCUGAAGGGAACAAAGGUAAUUCUGAUGAUAAAUUGAUCUCAUUUGUUGAUGAAUGGGGUGAGAAAUCGGAGCCGGAGCUUCGACCCGUUACUAAGUUAUCGGAUUCGGAUCCUCCUAUUGAUAUAGACGAAUGGGGUACCAACAACUCUUCAGGGAUUGAAGAUGAAUGGGGCGAGAAGUCGGGUCCGGAGCUCCGACCCGAAAAGACGGUAUCUGAUUCGGAUCCUCCUAUUGAUGAAGACGAAUGGAUCGGAGCUAAAAUACACAAGGUAAUGAGCAAAACAACUGAUCGGGUUAAAGUUUGGAAGUCGAAGCCCGAGCCUGAACCUGAGGUAGUGAAGGUUGAGGAUGAGGGGAGCGAGAAGAAGAAGGAGAGUUUACUGGAUUCUGAUACUCAGGAAGUUAAAGGUGAACGGGUCGGAGCUAAACCCGACCCGACCCGCAUCCAUACGCGCCUCGUCCCGUUGCCAUCCUUAGUUCAAUUGCCUAAGUUAGGAAAGAUAGCGGGGGGAAACAUUGAUCGGAUAAAAAAUGAGGUUGUUUCUAGUAAUGAAACGAGGUCGUUUGCUGAUGAACAGGGUGAGAACUCGGAGCCGGAGCCCCUACAGGUAGAGAGUUUACCGGAUUCUGAUCCUCCGAAGGAUGAAGAUGAACGGAUCCGAGCUAAGCAGGCCAAACCCGACCCGACCCACAUCCGCAUUGCCCCAUUGACAUCCUUAGCUAAGCUAGGAAAGAUAGUGGGCGACAGGACUGAUCAUGUUAAAAAUGAGGGAGUUUCUAGUAAUGAAACUACUUCGUUUGUUGAUGAGUUGGGUGAGAAGUUGAAGCUGGAGCCCAAACCGAUAGUGAGUCUACCGGAUUCAGACCCUCUGGAGGACAAAGAUGAAAGGGUCGAAGCUAAGCAGGCCAAAACCGACUCAACCCACACCCACAUUGCACCGUUGCCAUCCCUAACUAAGCUAGGAAAGCUCAUGGGCAACAAGACUGAUGAGGUUAAAAAUGAGGGAGUUUCUAGUAAGAAAACGACUUCGUUUGUUGAUGAGUUGGGUGAGAAGUUGGAGCUGGAGCCCGAACCGGUAGUGAGUUUAUCGGAUUCUGACCCUCUGGAGGACAAAGAUGAAAGGGUCGGAGCUAAGCAGGCCAAAACCGAUCCGACCCACACCCACAUUGCACCGUUGCCAUCCCUAACUAAGCUAGGAAAGCUAGUGGGUGAAGACAUUGAUCGGGUUAAAAAUGAGGUUGUUUCAAUAAAUAAAGCAACAUCGUUUGUUGAUGAGUUGGGCGAGAAGUUGGAGCUGGAGCCCGAACCGGUAGUGAGUUUACCGGAUUCUGACUCUCCGGAGGACAAAGAUGAAAGGUUCGAAGCUAAGAAGGCCAAACCCAACCUGACCCACAGCCACAUUGCCCCGUUGUCUUCCCUAACUAAGCUAGGGAAGCUAGUGGGCGAAGACAUUGAUCGAGUUAAAAAUGAGGUUGUUUCAGUUAAUAAGGCCACAUCGUUUGUUGAUGAGUUGGGUGAGAAAUUGGAGCCAGAGCUCCAACUGGUGACGAGUUUACUGGAUUCUGAUCCUCUGAAGGUUGUAGAUGAAUUGGGUGUUACCGAGCUAAUGGGCAGAUUGACUGCAGUUGUUGUGCAAGAGGAGAGAGUUGCAGAGCUGAAAAGAAGCUUAAUUGAUACGGUUUAUGGGACAGAUUUCGGGCUCAAGGCUUCAUCUGAGGUUCGAGCUGAGGCUCUGGAGCUGGUUGCUCAGUUGGAGGCAGCAAAUCCAACGCCAAAUCCAGUUGAAUCGCCUGAGUUGCUCGAUGGGAACUGGAUUUUAGUGUUUACGGCAUUUUCUGAGCUGUUACCUCUUCUGGCCGUGGGCACGAUUCCUUUAUUGAAGGUCGAAAAGAUCAGCCAAGCGAUCAGUACACGCAGCCUGACCAUAGAAAACUCAACUACAGUAUCAAGUCCUGUUGCCGCCUUGUCUUUCAGUGCAACUGCUGCAUUUGAAGUUCAAAGUCCAUCAAGAAUACAGGUUGGAUUCAAAGAAGGGACAUUGACACUUAAGCCACCGGAGAUUAUGUCAAAACUUCUUCCAGGAAACAUGGAUAUCUUAGGCCAAAACAUAAGUUUGUUACCUUUACAGCAAUCUCUAGGUUCUCUAGAAAAUGCCGCGGCAGGUAUAACCCAAACUAUUUUUGGUCUGCCUACUGUCAAGUUUCCAAUUCCAGGUGAGUGGACAAAAUCUUGGCUUAUUACGACAUACCUUGACAAGGAUCUUCGGAUCUCCAGAGGAGAUGGUGGGCUUUUUGUUCUCGUUAAGGAAGAGAGUUCUUUUCUAGAGAUCGGUAGCAAGGUCCUAUCCCGGUUAGUAUAAUAAUAGGAGGUCCUAGGACUUUCAUAUGUAUGAUAUAGAUAUGAAGUAUACCACACAUUAUCUGGAAAGAGAGAUACAUAUUUUGUGUACCCUCCUCUACACUCUCCAGACCGCACUAUAUGAGAUACGUUGUUGUACGUAAAUUGGAUAAUUAAGAACAUUUGAUGUUAUUUUGAA